CGCCUUCAAUCAGACCCCCAAAAUAGCCCUGGGGGGUGGGUGGGCUGGAUGCAGGCCUGAGUAGGGUCCAGAGGAGUCAUGUGCUCAACCAUGUCAUCCCAUAACACAGACAGAGGGACAGGAGAGGAGUCAAGAUCCAGUAACCUGCCAUAAUCCAGCUGGAACCCAUCUUACCCAGUGGAUAUACUACAGUGGGAGAGGAGUGACUCUUUCUGCCGCUGCUUGUCACAUGCCCUCACUAUAGUUGGAGGGGAAAGUCAGACAGAGAGAGGGAAUCCUGUAGAAUCGAGAGACUGGUCAAUCCUGGACCAUGAAGCUUAGUGUGGCGUUGUUUUUCGCAGGGCUCUUUGGGGCAUUAGCAGCUGUGUUCAUCCUCCUCUCGUUUGGAACUGAUUACUGGCUGCUGGCCUCUGAGAGUUGCCACUCAAACCCUAAUGGAUCCAUUGGACUGGGUGGUGUGACUGUGGAGCCUGGAGAUGUGGUGGUGCAGCAGGCCACCAGUGAUGUCACUCUGUAUCAUGAGGGAUUUUUUUGGAAGUGUUCGUUUGGAGGCAACGUGGAUGAUGACAACCUGCUGUGGAAGCUCUGGUUCACAAAUCAGCCGCACUCUAAAGUGUGCGUGCACGCGUACCUCUUCCCAUUCCCAGUGUCUCAUCAGACCCACAAUGCCACGGAGUAUGAUUCUGCCAUAAUCUACAGAGGCUUCUGGAGCGUCUUUAUGCUCAUUGGAGUGGCAGCUGUCGUGCUCGGCGGGUUCGUGAUCAUUUGUGCUGCUCCGUUCGCCAGCCAUCGCUUGUAUAAAGCAGGAGGCGGCCUCUUCCUGGCAUCUGGUCUUUUCCUGCUGUGUGUGGUGGUCAUGUACGUACUCUGGGUGCAGGUGUUGGAUGUGGUGGAUGUCUACAUAGAUCACCAGCGCUCUGCAGUGUGUCCGUACUUUCAGCUGUCCCUAAACUAUGGUCUGUCCUUCAUGUUUGCCCCCAUUGGUAUCUUCUUCUGCCUCCUAGCUGGUCUUCUUUUCCUCCUCAUUGGUCGAACCAUCCAGAUUCAUUACCACUGACUUUGGUCAACAGAGAUAAAGACUGAGGGCUUAAGAUGUUUGGAAUGAUAAAAAGAUUACAAGCGUCGUUGGGCUC